UGGGCGGAGCUUUGGACGCCUCCAGAAAAUGUCAACAACAUGCCGGAGUCUUCCAGAAAAACAGAAACUGAGGAGGCGCUGAGGGACAGACAACAAAGACGGGAAGAAAACAAGGCGUCUCGUAACAUCGUGACUGUUAUAUCUAAGUUCGCUGACGAUAAUUUGUUCCUCGUGCGGAACGUCAGUACAGGACUGGUUGUUGCUGGUGUGAUUGUGAUUGCAAGGAGCAUCAGAGUGAUCACAAAAUUUCAAACGGUGCACGAGAUUCCUGCUCGUUUCUUUGAGAGGAACGUCAGCCUUCGUGGGAAAGUUCAUUCCAUCACAGAGGAGGGAAUCAAAGUGGAGCAUGUUCCAAUUUAUCUGCCCGUUUUCUCUUCAUUACUAUCAAAGCACAAAGAUGCCUGCACAUCUUUGUUGCUGGUGCGCCUCGUAGGGGUCAAUCUGACACCAGAGGGGAAGUUAUGGCUGCUGAAGAACCUGACGCCGGCCCAGACGGUGUGGCUGAAACUUAUCAGCCGAGAGGACGACGCACUGAACUGUUUGGUGUCUCAGAGUAAGAGGUCAGUGUGGAGCUUCUGUACCAACGAAGAGCUCCUCAGACUGGGUCUGGCUCGCACUGCGCCCAUUGCAGGAGUCCCGCCUGGCUCUGAUCUCUACUGGCGCCUUCACAAACGACUCCACAGGGCAGAGGUGAAAGCUGAGAAGAAGGGUCGGGGUCUGUGGAAGACGGAGAGUCUGUGGGAGAGGACGUCCAACGCUCUCAGAGACAACUCUUUAAUCAGACUGAUGAGGAGGAUCUUCAGAAAGACUGAGUGACUCAUUAAUCCAAAUCCAGCUGUUUAUUAUUGGGAGCUCUGAAAGUCUACAUUUAAGGACACUAAUGCAUUUAUUUAUUUUUUCAAUGACUUGACAGAACCAAAGUAAGUGUAGAAGUCUUACAAAAGUAUAAAAAUGUAAACACAAAGUGCGUGCUGUAAUGAGUUUUCUGUGGGAGCUAUGAAAACCAUUUAUUGUCCCCAGAAAAUCAAGAAGUAAGUUCAUUUUUGCAUUAAAGUUUCCAUUACAUCUGCU